CGAGCCAACAUGGCGCUGACAGGAGCAAAAUAGUGAAAAGUCGCCAACAAUUUCGCAAAUUUUCGCCGAAUUCUGCCAAAACCUCGAGUACUUUCGCCCCACCAAAGUUGUAUAUCGUAUUUUGGAAUGUACAGAACACACUGGUGAAGACGUUUUCUUGAAUUUCUGUAUAUUUUGGGGCUAAAAAUGGGUUCUGAGUCGAGCACCUUACAAGGGUGUGACUUGGAAGAAGAGGUGCAAACUUCGGAGAAAAACUGGACACUUCACUCCGCUAGGAAAAAGGACGGGUCGAAAGUGUCCGUAUUUGUCCACAAGUCCACACAGGCGAAGGAGGAUCCUGUUAUACAGAAUGCAGCAAAGCAACUGAAGAUCCUCCGCCAUCCGACAAUCCUGCGUUUCUUUGACACGUGUCAGAACGUGGAGGGGACGUACCUCAUCACGGAGUCAGUACGCCCGCUGGAGCUGGUCAUCGACACGCUGACAUCAGCCGAGAUCUGCGCCGGGAUGUUCAACGUCAUCGAAGCCCUCAGCUUUCUCCAUGAGAGGGGUGGUGUGUGCCACAACAACGUGUGUAUGUCCAGUAUCUAUGUAAGUGGGGAUGGCAGCUGGAGGCUGGGAGGGUUUGAACAUCUCUGUAAGUUUGAACAGGCAACAGCAGAGUAUCUAACCAAAGGUCGUCAUCUUCGAAAUGCCCAGUAUCUACCCCCAGAGGAAAAGGAAGGAAAAUAUAGCCUAAACGUGCAAUAUGGCUAUGCCCGGGAUGCCUAUGCUUUUGGUAUCCUUGCUGAACAGAUGUUGGAAUACCUUACAGAAAUGGGAGGAAUGUGUAAAACCUUUGAGCUGUCUGUAUCUGAGGGACUCUUACACCCAGACCCUACUGCCAGGCCAAGACUCAAGACUCUGCUGUCUGACAAAAUCUUCAAGAAUGACUACUUGGAGAUCAUGAACUUCUUAAAGAACAUCACCGUCAAGGAUGAAGAGGAAAAGAACUUAUUCUUCAGCACGUUGGCAGCCAAAGUGUACAGUCUUCCCCCUGUCCUGGUGGCCACACGGCUGGUUCCCCAGCUGAUGACCAGACUAGUCAUGGCUGAACCUGUAGCUGUGGAGUCUUUCUACCCUCACCUGCUUACCCCAUCUACAGGUCAGGGGGCAUGUCUUGUAUUCCAGCUGAUGACCAGACUAGUCAUGGCUGAACCUGUAGCUGUGGAGUCUUUCUACCCUCACCUGCUUACCCCAUCUACAGAAAAGAACAGGUGGGAAGAGUUUAUCCCAGGCCAGGUGAACGCCAUCCUCCCUGCGGAGGUGUACCGUGAACACGUGAUCCCCAUCCUGGCAGACCUGUUCACUGUACAUGAGGAACACGUGCGCAUGAUCCUGCUGCACCACUUCUCAGCCUUCGUGGAACAGUUUGACCCCGAACUCAUCCGGAGAAGAAUACUGCGACAGCUACUGCUAGGACUGAAGGACACCAAUGACCAGAUAGUAGCUGCCACCUUACGAGCCUUGGCUGAGGUGGUGCCAGUGUUGGGGGGAGAAGUAGUAGUGGGCGGCCACAGGAAGAAAUAUUUCAAGGAGGGUCGACCCAAGUUUGCCACCUUCAUGUCUUCUCCUGAAGUGUCCAGGAGCAAUGCAAAUGUGGCCAACCUCACAGCAGUCAGUGGGGUCAUUAACCUGCCGUUUGAUAUCAAGACUUCCCCUCCUAAAGCAGCAAAACCCUCCGCCAGUGUUAAGCCAUCCAGAGAGGUUGACAGCAUUUCUGCAAAACGUCAGCUGGAGAGGGAGAGAAAGAGGGAAGAAAUGAAGAGAAGGUCAGAGGAAAGGAGGAAGGAAAGAGAAAGAAAAAGACUGGAAAGAGAACAAGACAAGCUGCUUUCCAAAGCAACUGAAGAAGAAGAAAUAAAAGAGCAUUCAGUUGAUGAAAUCAGUGACACCAGGGCUUCCACCAAUGAGAUCAUCGCUGCCAUGGAAACAAGACUGAUUGACACCGCAGAGGAGGCUGACGAUUGGUCAGACUGGGAGGACACAUCUGUGGGUGUGGCCCAGGCGAAAGAGGAUGAUGCAAUAAGCCAAGAGAUAGAAGAGGAGCUAGAAAAAAUGGAAAGUCUUCCAAAACACGACGAACACGAAUUCCAAGAUGGAAAAAAGUUAUUCCUUGACAUAGUUCCUGCAAAAGAGGCCAAGGCGUUAGGGAGUAAGGAUAGCAGAACUCCGAGCGAAAGCGACUGGGGAGGGUGGGGGGAGGACGACCGCCCUGAAGACGAGAGAAGCGUCGGAUCAGCCUCCGUCCAAUCAGAAUCCCCCAAAGCAACGCCAAGAGACACAAAAACCAUGACGCACGCAACAAGUGGAAAACACAGUACAACAAAGCAUUCCGGCAUGAAACUAAAAGGUAGAGUUUCAAAAACUCAAACAGAAGACACUAAAGCAACAACUCCUACAGACACACAUGAUAAAACCACAAACAAAAGACCAGAAACAACUAGAAAAGUUGAGAGAAAAGUACGUCCAAGUCUUCAGCAAAUUGAAGAAAAAGACUUAGGAAAAGACCUGGAAAUACAGGCAAAGGUCAUUAAAAAGGAAGAAGAAGACUUCUUUACCGAUAUGGUGCCAGAGUUCAAGCCAGCGAGUGUUACACUACUGUCAGAACUCGGUGACGUGUCACACAAGGAAGCUACUGAUGUGGAAAGCACGGACCAUGGACACACGGAACUGUCUGCAGUGUUUGCUGCACAAGAUACAGAGGUAGAAGCAGGCUGGGGAGAUGAGGAGGACAUCAGUUUGGAGGACACAGAUCUGACUGUCCCAGAUGAUUGACAUGUGUCAACACAUCACAACCACAUCACAACUUUAUCACCAGGAAAAAAA